GGCAUGGAGGAGCUGCUGCGCCGCUCCGUGCCGCCGCUGCCGCCCUACGAGACCAAGGAGAAGGCGCCGCCGCCCGCCGAGCUGCGCGGCGCGGAGUUCGUGCGGUUCUACCGCGCGCUGCAGCCCGGGCCGCCCCGCGCCGAGCUCCUCACCCGCCUGGCCCGAGACUUCGGCGUGGAGCACGGGCGGGUGGCCGAGGCCGCCGCCAAGGUGCUGCAGGCCCGCGAGCAGCGCAGGGAGCCCGGGGCGCUGCUGCAGGCCGAGGACCGGCUCCGUUACUACCUGAACCCCCAGUACCGCGGGCUCUUCGCUCACCUGGGCCGGCUGGAGGGCGGGCUGCGCUUCCUCGUGGAGCUCAGGGCCGACCUGAUGGAGGGGCUGGCCAGCAAAGCGGUGGAUGGGCCCCACGUUAAGGAGAUGAAUGGAGUUCUCAAGAACAUGCUCUCCGAGUGGUUCUGCACAGGAUUCCUCAACCUGGAACGGGUCACAUGGCAAUCCCCUUGUGAAGUACUCCAGAAAAUCAGUGAUUCUGAAGCUGUGCACCCUGUCAGAAACUGGGUUGAUAUGAAGCGUCGAGUUGGGGCCUAUAGAAGGUGCUACUUCUUUUCUCACUGUGCCAUCCCAGGAGAGCCACUGAUUGUCCUGCACGUGGCACUAACCAGUGACAUCUCCAGCAGCAUCCAGGCCAUAGUGAAAGAAGUGCCUCCUUUAGAGACAGAAGAUCCAGACAAAAUCACAACAGCAAUUUUCUACUCCAUCAGUUUGACUCAGCAGGGCCUGCAAGGGGUGGAACUCGGGACUCACCUCAUCAAAAGAGUUGUCAGAGAGCUGCAGAAGGAACUUCCUCAGAUAAAAGCUUUUUCCACACUUUCACCUAUCCCAGGAUUCACAAAAUGGCUCGUUGGUCUCAUCUCCUCCCAGACUAAAGAACAGGGAAGGAAUGAACUUUUUACAGAGUCGGAAUGGCAGGAAAUCUCUGAGAUCACGGGAGACUCCAGCAGCGAAACCUUGAAGAAGCUGUUGAACACCAACGAGUGGGUGAGGUCAGAGAAGCUGGUUCAGGUGCUGCGCUCCCCCCUGAUGAGACUCUGUGCCUGGUACUUGUAUGGGGAGAAGCACCGAGGCUACGCCCUCAACCCAGUGGCCAAUUUCCACCUGCAGAACGGCUCUGUGCUCUGGAGGAUAAACUGGAUGGGGGACACCAGCCCCCGGGGCAUCGGGGCCUCCUGUGGCAUGAUGGUCAACUACAGAUAUUUCCUGGAGGAGACAGCCUCCAACAGUGCCCUGUACCUGGGCUCCAAGCAGGUCAGAGCCUCCGAGCAGGUGCUGGCCUUGGUGUCCCAGUUCCAGCAGAACAGCAAGCUGUAGCUACGUACCAUGAACACUCAGAGUGAACGAUCCUGACUGUAAAGAGCUGUAAUCAUCUGCACUUCUUCACUUAAAUCAGAAUGUACCCCCUAGGACAAAUGUGCUCCGAGUUCCCUGGGUUAGCAGGGUCUUGCUGAUGUGGCUGUGUACUCAACCUGGUUGAAUCACCUCUGGUGUGUGCAGAGGGGCUGGAGUUGUGUUAAUGGAGAGUGAAAUCCUCUUCAUCAGUUACAGCCCAGGGGUAGCUUGAAUGGAAAAUACCCGAGCCAACGUUAUUCUGUUGGUAAUAUAAAUUGUAUAAGCUGUCUUUGAAGGGAGCUGCACUUCUCUGUCAAAAUGCUGCUAUAGAUUGUUCAGAACCAAAGUACCUGGAAUAAAGGUAAAUUUUGGGUCAAAUACAUUAUCAAAACAGAAAUCUGCAGUUUUAUUUCUACAAUAUCUGUCUUCUGCACAAAAAAAUCUCAUGUAAAGCUUCCUGGUAUUUUCAUUUUUCAAGCUAAAACUCACUGAAUCCUUGCUUUGAUGCAGUGUGGAAAAGCCUUGCACUAAUCAAAAAAAAUCAGGAUCUCAGUACAGCAGGUAUGUUAUGUUAUAUUGGCGUGUUUUGGCUGCUAAAAUUUAAUGAGCAAUAAGGAAGCCUUCAAAUAGGGGAGGAGAACAAGCCAGACUGUUAUUUGGGAAUCAGAUGAGGAGUUUCUAAUUAUGUAUAUUAUAUUUCGGCUCUAGUAAUGUUUUAAGUUGAUAAAGAGCUUUUUUAAUAAAGAGGUAGGUGGGAUUUAUAAACCAAUAAAACAAACUUUCUCAUUAAA